AUGGUGGGUCAAGAUGCAGUUUUAGGCAUGGACUUCAUGGUCCUAGCCGGUAUGCAACUGGAUCUAGCUGAUGGGACACUAUGUCUCCUCGAUGAGGUUCGAGUACAGUUAGGAGGACGAAGGACUCUUCAAGAUAACCGGGUAUCAGAUGUGAAGUUGGGUCGAUACGUGCAGAUACCAGCCGGAGGGUACGAGAAAGUGCUUUUUAAAAGAUCGGUCUUGCACCAAUGGAAUUUGUGGGUCACAGGGAAAAGUAUUGUGUCUGUGGGGUCUCAAAGAUAUGCAGAGUGGCUAAACCUGGUGUAUGAAUCUACCACCGACCAAAUGGACUAUCAGGAAGACCUGACGGAGAAGGAUGAAGGACCAUUGGUGGAGGUACCACAGUACAGUACUCCAUCUGGAAUACUUCAGCAACAAAGGUACUUGCUCCAGUAA